AUGGUGUUGUUCGUAUGCGGGGUCGUCGCCGGUGGUCUCUUCAACAGGAGAAAAGUGUUCGCGAUGGGCUGCUCGAAGGCUACUCAAAUGCGGAAAGCCCUCUGGCUGCUGGUGCCCUCUGUCCUAUGUCUGAUAUCAUAUCUGAUGAGGGGACCCUUCCUUAGACUAUCCACCAAGUUGCUAAACAUAUCCAUAGCCUCCUUUUGCCGAGCCAAGAACCUCGAAAAAGCUGAAUCUGCCCUAAUAGACGGCAUUAGAUUAGGGGUAUUGCCCAAUACCGUGACCUACAACACACUCAUAACCGGAUACUGCCAAAUUAUCGGGUUCGAUGCCGGCUAUUCCAUUAUCCACCGCAUGAAAGAAGCUGGAAUAUCCGCAGAUGUCGUGACCUACAAUUCCUUAAUGGCUGGUGCAGCCAAACACGACUUAUUACCUCAAUGCCUCGACAUGUUAGACGAGAUGCUCGACUCGGGAAUUAUUCCCGAUGUGUGGAGUUACAACACGUUGAUGCACUGUCUUUUCAAACUGGGAAAGGCCGACGAGGCCUACCGUGUCUUUCAUGAUAUUCUCAUGAAGAAUAUUACCCCUUGUCAGGCCACGUUCAAUAUUAUGAUAAACGGGCUUUGUAAAAACGGGUACAUUAACAAUGCCCUCAGGUUAUUUCGUAAUUUGCAGCGACACGGGUAUGUUGCUGAGAUAGUAACAUACAACAUCCUUUUGAGUAGUUUGUGCGGCUCGCGAAUGUGGAAAGAUGUGAUGAGGCUUUUUGUGGAGCUUAGGGAAUCGGGCUGUAGCCCGAAUGCCAUUACUUACACGACUGUCAUGAAAUGCUGUUUUAGGAGCAGGAGGUUUAGAGAGGGAGUUGAGAUUUUCAUGGAGAUGAAGAGAGAUGGGUACGUGUACGAUUUGUUCUCUUACUGCACAAUUGUUGGUGCAUUGUUGAAAUCGGGAAGAAUGCAGGACGCGAAUAAGUGCAUUGCGAGUAUGAUUAAGAAAGGUUACGAGCUCGAUUUAGUAUCUUAUAAUACAUUAAUAAAUUGGCACUGCAAAGAAGGUGAACUUGAAAAGGCGUAUAAUUUGGUGGGUGUGGCUGAAGAAAGGGGUGAGAAUUGUGAUGCCUACACGCAUACUAUUUUGAUCGACGGGCUUUGCCAGGCUGGCGAAAUAGAUGUCGCACAGAGACACUUGGAUCAUAUGAAAAUGAUGGGGCUCGAUUGUUUGGUUGCUUUUAAUUGCUUUGUGAAUAGUCUAUGUAAAGCAGGUCAUUUGGAUUACGCGCUGCGGAUUUUUGACACGAUGGAUGCAAAGGAUUCGUUUACGUAUUCUUCAGUGGUUCAUAACCUUUGCAAAGCCAGGAGGUACCGUUUGGCUGCUAAGCUCUUGCUCUCUUGCAUUAGGGAUGGAUGUAGGACGCUAAAAGCAGACCAAAAGGCUGUUGUUAGGGGUCUCAGUCUCACGAGCUCUAAGUCUGACCAGCAAUUCCAACUGAGGCGACGAAUCAAUCAAAACAUCUGUUUUAAUCGGGACACUGUUCUUGGGUUUGCCUCACCGUGGCCCUCGUCCGCGUCGCCGACCCGCCUGCAAAUCGAGGAAGACGGCCAAUACGGGUCGAAACAGAAAAAAAUACGAGAGGAAGAACAAGCCGUCGUCACCGUGGCCCUCGUCCGCAUCGCCGAACUGCCUGCAAAUCGAGGAAGACCGCCAGAAGGAGAAGGGGCUAGGCGGCCAGAAACCGAAGCCAGUCUGGCCGGCGGCCUUGCUUCAACCCUCCGGCGACGGCCACCGACGAUGAUGAUCGGUUAUGACGACUAUCUAUUAACCGAGAUCUUCAUAUGGCUGCCUCCAAAAUCGCUAAUUAGAUUCAAGCUAGUAUGCAAACAAUGGCUCUCUUUGAUAUCCAGUGACUAUUUCUCUCGAAAGCACACUCUAAACAAAAUCCAUCGUUCAAGAACUGAUUCUUCUAUCCUCCUCCGCCUCGAAUCGGACUACUUUUACCUUCACGAAAAAAAAUUAACUCCGUACCAAAUUUCUUUAUCCCUAGUCGAGCCAAAUGUGUCGGGCUUUUCCAACGGCCUUUUUUUGCUCCAAUGUUCGAAAUCCAUAAAGUAUCCUCUUGCCGAAUGCUUUAUCUACAAUCCCACCACAAAAAAAUCCCGAAAAAUCGAACUCAAUGAUAACUACAGGUACAAAUCCGUGAUCGGGCUCAAUCUUCUGGCCGACCCUCACAAUCCAUCCGAUUACAAGAUCGUAUGUGUUAGGUGUACGAGAAGACGAUCGUCUAGCUCAUGGUGGCGUUGGUGGCGUUUUUGCCAGGUGGAGGUUUACGAUUCGAGGGAUUUUUCUUGGAAGCCUUGCGGUGAGCCUUUCUGGGCUCCGAUGGAUGUGGAUUUCAAUCGAGGGGUGUAUUUAUACGGUUGUGUUCACUGGCAUGGAUUGUUUUUUAGUCUCGACGGAGGUUUUUUGGGUGAGCACCCGAAUAUCGAACUCCCGAAUGAUAAUAAUGGAGUUGAGAAAUUCGAGAGGAGUUAUUUAGAAUCGUGCGGGUAUCUUCAUUGUGUGGUACAUUUUGUUAAUAGUAAUAAUAAUAGUGUGAUUGUGUUUGAAUUGGAAAGUGAUUUUUCCGGUUGGUUGUUAAAGUAUAGUGUUGAUCUUGGUGGAGUUCCGGGUCGAGUUUCGGUGCUCAGUUUCGUUAGGGGGGAGAAUGAAGAGGAUUGUUCAUUGGUUUUUCACGAGCCGGGCAAAGUUGUGGCUUUUGGGCCUCCGGCGAAGAAUAGAAACGAGCUCGUUGAUUUUAGCGGCGAGGUGUAUUAUGAGGAUGGCUGCUUGCAGUUUGGUUCUAACUUCAGUUUUCAGUUCUCUGGGACUCUGGCUCCUGUUUGA